AUGGACAAUCACGUAAUUAUCGUAGAGCCUCUCUUAUUAAGGUCAUUAUUUGAGGGAAUUUAUCAAAAUAGGCCAGUUUCCCAAUUAUUGAGUACAAUUCGAAAUAUAAUGGAACAAAUUUUGCAGGGAGUUUCAUUUUUACAUGCGAAUGGAGUUACACAUUGCGACUUAAAGCCAGAUAACGUUUUAUUCGACUAUGAAAACAUGAAUAACUUGCAAAUCAUAGAUUUAGGUUCAGCGACAAUGUCUCCAACAUGA